UCAUGUACAGAUAUUCCCUGCUGUAUUCUAUUUUUAGCCUACAUUGUAGGCAUGAUUAUUGUUGGUAUUAUAGGUAAGUUAUGUAAUGAUGUAGCAAUCCAUAAUAUUAUCCUUCUAACUUAUCGUAAGUUAUGAGUCAUGCCCUGCGUAGCAUUAAUAGUAAUUAUUGAUAUCAACAUUUCUUUGUUGCUUUUUUGCAAAUCCACUCUAUUUUUCUGUCUAAUUAGUCCAAUUUCUGAAUGCAGGGCUCAAAAAGCUUUAAUUUUAUCUUGCCUCUUUGACAGUAAAGCAGCUUUUUAAGUUUAAGUUGCCCAUGGCAAUAAUAUUUGCUUGCUUAUCUGAGUUUACAUCAGAAAUAGAAAAAGAUUGUUUGACAUUGCCAGUCUUGCUUAUUGAGCAAGUACAGAGUAAAUUAUUUAAAUUUAACCUGCGUUGAUUCUCAAGUGGGGGUCAUUAAGAAUAACUCUUAUAAUAUUUCAUUAACAAUUUUUCUUUAUGGGCAAUAAGCAGCCCACAGUUUGCAUUUUCAAAGCUAGUGACUACAAGAAGUAAAUUAAAAUAGGUGUACUUCAUCUUCUUCUUUCAGCCUUUCAAGAAGGGGAUCCAGACAGACUUCUUCUACCCACUGAUUCUAAUGGUAAUCAAACUAAAAUACUGAAUUUAAUAAAGGCAUAUAACACUGUGUGAUCUCAACAUUCAUGCUGUGAUCACUGAUGAUGAUAGUCUACACAGUUGUGAUAAUAUGCUAAUGUAUGUCUUGUCUUUUUCUGGAGUAAUUAAUUAAAGAUCUUUAUCUUUCAUGUGUUAGGCCUACAUGAAGGCCAAACGUCGAACUUUUCAUGAGAUGGAUCAAACUCUAACUAGGGUCAACCUAAAUUAAGUUGAGAUCGUCUUCUGGGUCAGAUGUUGAACUUGGGACGUGUCGAACCAAUCAAAUGACUCAGAUCAGAGAUAAAUUUUCUCCCGAACAAGGCUAAAUAAACAUUAUGAUACAAAUUUGAAGAUCAACAUUAAUUUGUCCUGGAGACGAUCUUUAACUGUUCUAUCCGAUCCAUCUGAAGCAGACGGGUAGAAUGUGUUGGACGAUCCAAACUCAUUCAGGGGAACUUAACUGCAUGAGCCAGACCUUGAACUUUUCAUGAACUUAACUUACUAAGUUUGGUUCAUCUCAUGAGAAGUUCGACAUUUGGCCUAGACCUUAGCUACCUGUAACCUGUAAAUAUGGAUUGGAAACAUUAGAAAUAACUGAUUCAGUACAUCAGAUUUAACACUUCUGUUUUGAAACUAUUCAAUAUCAAAUCAUCCUGUUAGCAGGGCGGGGUUUUUAGCAUUUACGGAAGGCAUCCACAAUGAUCACCCAGACAUUCACAUAGUUGGAUCGUGUUGUUUCCCAAGAGAGUUUCUCUCUGGGAAGUAAACAAGCCAAUAUUACAGGAAUAUCAGCAACACAAAUGACUUUAUAAAAACCAUGCUGGAUGGAAACCUUUGUCAGGAAGGUAAUAUUAAAAAAGCAGACUAAAAUUUAAAAUCCUGAAUUAGUUACAUGCAGGUAUAUAUUGUGCAGUCAGCUUUUAGGCAAUUUAAGCUAAUUAUCUUCAGAGUAUUCUACAAAAAGAUAUAUGUCGUUUUUAAUGAAGCAACAAAACAUGAUUAAUUUGAGUCAAAAACAGCAAAAAAAUCAGCUGGAACAAAAAUAUGUAAUGGACUUCUUCAUAUCUGAAACAAAUGAUUAUAUUAUGUAUUUCUUUGCAGGGAAUACAUGUGGAAAGGGUAAUCACCAGUAAGUAGUAAUUUUGAUGUGCAUUUACAGGGUUGUCAAAAGUAGCCAGCCGCCUGCGAAAAUCGCCGCCUUCUUGGUUAGUAUCGGCCGGCUACUCUGCUUGGCAUUUCUUUAUCGGUGGCAUUUUGUAAAUAAAAUAUCCCUGGACUGGCCGCUUACUUUGACAACUCAGCCGUCUACUUCAACACUUUCUGGCAACCCUGAUUUUAACAAUUUAUUGUACCUUGAAUUAUUUUUUAAUGUUAGUUAUGCACAUUUUUGAAAUAGUACGUAGUUAUUUAUUAAACUAAUUCAGUUAUUCAGAAUUAAUUAAAUCAUGGACCCAAAGUUUUAUGUAAAUGGUAUAAUUAUUACUUAUGCUUGUUUAACCCUUUAAGUCCCAACAGUGACCAACAACAAUUUUCUCCUAACAAUAUUUAUACACUGUCAAGAGAUAAAGUUAUGAGAAUUAAUAAAGUGAUCAUCAUAGAGAAAAUUCAACUAUCUUUUAUCAAAUUCUCUCAACUAAUUCUUUAAAGGAGAUGUAUGGAGGUCAGUUUGGAGAAUUUGUUUAUGGAUAUUGGGGCUUAAAGGGUUAAAGGGACUAUGUCACAUCAUCUGCUUUCUUUUGAAAAUGCUAAAAUGUGUUGUACACAUCAAAUGAAUUGCAAAAAUGUUAUGGCCUGAUUUUGUUAUUCAAGACUAUAUUCAGGCAUUGAGGCUGUUUCCUGUCAUCUGUUGCAAUGGAUAGAAAGGAUGAACUCAAAACCUUUUCAAGUUUUAACACUAACCUUGCUAAAAUCACCAAAAAAUGUUUAGCAAUUAAUGAAUAAGGCAGAGUAUUAUGAUUACUGAAUGAGGUCUAGGUGGAUAACACCCUCCUUGAUCUGCUUAAUUCUUCAUAUCCUACGAAAGCCGAAUUCAUUAAUUGCUUUAUUAUUCAUUCAAAAUAAUUCCUAGUUUAAAAACAUAGCUAAAACAUGCUUACCUGCAUCAACGUUAAGUUCAUCUUUGAUAGUGUACGUUUAGGUUUGUCCAGCCCUGCAAAUAUUCUCCAAAUAGUAGAUGUCGCCCUCGGAGUUGUCUUCUUGCUAUUUUUGCCAUGUUUUUAUUUAUUAUUUUGCCUAGUUCCAGCUGUAGUUCUCUUGAAACAAGUGAAAUGUCCGCCAUUUAUUUUUCACAACCAAAACGACUCGACCUCAUCCCCAGGUCUUCUCGGUAACAGUGCCUUAACCUGUAGCAAGCUGCAUUUUUGACGUCAUUUCCUCGUUAAACAAAAAAUUCUUCCAAAUUUGGUCAUCAGUAACUGGUUAUGGUGAAUUAUGCGUAUGCUUUUAGCCAAAUUAUCAGAAUUGGGGAAAUAUUUUGAAUGAAUAAUAAAUUACAGUUAAUGUGCUCUCAUGAAAUUUGUUUAAUAUCUUCCUCUGACUGAACAUUAAUUUAUGGGUUAAGGGUACUCAGUGAGUAAUGACCACAGCACAGAAUUGAACUGAAAUAGCAAUAUCUUCAUGGCAUACACCUGUAGCCCCUUUGAUUAAAGACCAACUUGAUGACAUGACUGUUUUUCUCUCUUUUUAGGGAUAAAAAGUACCUUGUCUUCUUUGACAUCAGUACAUGUGUCACUAAAGGUGGAAACUUGGCACAGUUUGUUAGCAUUCCUUCUUGUCCAACGCCCCAGGUGAUUAUGCCACCCAUGACGGUUUGUUAA